UCUAAUUGAAAACUCGAUCACAUGUUGAUCCACGCAAAAGAGAACAUUCUAGAACUUUCGUAAACUGGAGUUGUGACACCAGUUGUGACGCGCGGAGGGAAAAUAACUUACUCUGAGAUGCGUAUGGCGCAAGAAAAAAAUAUUCAUAUAUGAUUUUUCGUUUCCGCUAUCAAAAGUUGUCGCAACGAGGAGCUCCGCUCCGAGCUCUGAUCGAUGAUGGGAGAGGGGAGAGAGAAGAAGAAAUCAGACGGACAAAGACGUGGUGGGGACCGCCGAAGAAAUGCGUGUGAAAUCAGACCGAUCCGGCGACUUACGCACAUUCCGAUAGCAGACGUUAGAGCGACAAGAUGGCUGACUUGGAUUACAAACUUGGAAAACUUCUCAACGAGGGAAAGACAAAGAAGGUUUACGAACGUCUGGACGACCCUGCAUUAUGUUUGCUGGAGAGCAAGGACCGCAUUACCGCCGGCGACGGCGCAAAGUCUCAUGCUUUGGAGGGUAAAGCAGAGAUCAGCACGUCCACCACCGUAAAGGUCUUCGGAUUACUUAAUCGUGCCGGUAUCAAGACAGCUUAUGUUAAGCUUGCCGGUUCAAAGUCCUUCAUAGCGAAGAAAUGUGACAUGAUACCGAUCGAGUGGGUUACCAGAAGACAGGCGACUGGUAGCUUUCUAAAAAGACAUCCUGGUGUACCUGAGGGUUACAGAUUCAAUCCGCCUCUGCAGGAAACGUUCUUUAAGGACGACGCUAAUCACGAUCCGCAGUGGUCCGACGAGCAAAUUAUUUCCGCCGGUUUCCAAAUGGGCGGUAGAAAGAUAACGAAGGACGAAGUAGAUAUUAUGAAGCGCACCACAGUUACCGUUUUCGAGAUUCUUGAAAGAGCUUGGACGGUAGCUAACAGCUCGUUGAUAGAUAUGAAAGUAGAAUUCGGCGUAGAUACGAGCGGGGAAAUUUUAUUAGCUGAUAUCAUCGACAGUGAUUCCUGGAGACUCUGGCCUGCUGGAGAUAAGAAACAGAUGAAAGAUAAACAGGUGUACAGGGAUCUGUCUAACGUAACGCAACAAAAUUUGGAGACCGUAAAGCGUAACUUCAAAUGGGUAGAGGAGCAGUUGGAUUAUAUUAUUGAAGCACCUGCUCCAUUGGUGGUUAUAUUCAUGGGCUCGCCAUCCGAUCAAGACCAUUGCUCUAAAAUUCAGGAACACGCUAAGACAUUAGGUUUAAAAACGCAACUCCGAACUUGCAGUGCCCAUAAGGGUACUGCGGAAACUCUAAAUAUUCUUGCCGAAUAUGAAGGCAGUGGAGAAAACGUGGUACUGAUAGCGGUAGCCGGCCGCAGCAAUGGUUUGGGUCCAGUACUCUCCGGCAAUACAGUCUUGCCUGUCAUAAAUUCCCCACCUUUGAGAUCGGACAAUAUUGAACGAAGCGUGUGGUCCUCACUUGACGUCCCUUCAGGACUCGGCUGUACGACAGUCGUGCAUCCAGAAGCAGCUGCACUUGCGGCGGCGCAAAUUCAUGCGAUGCACAAUCACUUGGUUUGGGCUCGUUUACGAGCAAAGCAACUCGACAACUUCAUUAAUUUAAAAAAAGCUGACCUCCAUACACGCUGUACUUGAAUUAUUAAAGCAGUUCGGCUACCAGAGUUCCAGCUAACAAAAUAAUAAAUUACAAUUAAAGUUUACGUUAAAGCGAUUUAACGUUGUUAAUGUCAUACAUAUCAUCACGCCGAAAAUAGAUCUGUUCCAUUCCUUUUUCAAGAGUCUCGUGAGAGUAUAUAGCAGUACAAUCGCGAAAAGAACUGUACAUUCUUUUUUAUAUAGUUUUAGUUAUUAAUUCAUUUUAAAUGUUGUUUUUGAAGUAUUUAGUACAGGGUGAUUGUUCUUCAAUGUUUUUUCUUUGUAUAGUUUUUUUGCUAUGCAUCUAUAAAAAAUAAUAGUAUAAUUGUAUAUUGCCAUAGAUUUGUGAUACAAAUUUUAUUUUAUCAAUGAUCACGUUAGCUCUUUUCAUAUAUACUCUAUUGUUAUUGAUUCUAGUAAUACUUUACUGGUUUCAAGUAUGCAAUAUUCAUGUAUUUCCACUUAAACAAAUUUUUGAAUAAUGUAAAAUUUUUCUUUAUAUAAAUCCACUUUUAAAAAAGGGGUGUUAUUAAAAAAUUGUAUGUUAUGUCUAAAAUAAAAGAAGUGCAAAAUACGAAAAUGGCUUUCUAUAUAUUAUGCAAUUAUAUUACUUGCAAUAACACACUAAAUGAAACAAUAUAAUUAUAUAAUACAUGUAUACAGAGCCACGUUGUGCAAAACGAUUUUUCAACAUGUCUAUCUAUAAGAUAAAUGUGUCAUAAAUAAGUGAGAAAGUUGGGUUUGGAAGAACAUAAAAAAAAGUCAUAUUAAAUAUUUAUAAAAAUAUAUCCAACAGUUUGUAUAUGAAAGAGAACCCCAAGAUUUGACAAUUGCUUUCAUAUACAAUUAAUAAGUAAUUGCCUACGUAUUUACACGUAUAUACUUAUACUUUCUUAUAUACAUGUAAAUAUACAUGUAAAUUAAAAAAUGGAAUACGUUGUAUUUUACUGUAUGUACACUUGUAUUAAUUACUAUUAAACAUCUAUGAUUCUUA